AUGGCGCCCCCAAAGAAGCGCGAAAAUCGCGAAAAUAAUUACUACAACGUCGGAGUACAAGGAAGAAAGACAGGCAUCACUUUGGCAGACAAGGGCGUUUAUGACGAACAUGGCCUCGAACCAAUUUCUGGCAUUUUCUCAUCUCCCGAGAAGUCUCCACCCAAGCGCAAUGGAAACGCGACAGGAUCAGAGUCGAUGGAACUGCAGGAAAGCUCGAUUCCAGACUUCACCACAUCCAACCAACUCCUGCGCAGCAAUCGAACAAACCUCCCUCCGCCUCGAUCGCGCUCGCCCAAAAAGACUCACCUUGGUUCCUCGCCACGACGACAAUCUUCCAUGGUGCCAAGAGGAAGCUCGGCCGCCCCUUCUAGUCCCAUUCGCGCUUCGUCACAUCCGAUUGCAAGGCGGCUUGAUUUCGAGCAAGACGAGUCCAGCCUGCAAGAAACACCGGCACUGAGUGGAUCAGGUGCGCGACGCGGAAGACGUUCAGAUGUGUACGAUAUCCCCGAGGAUGGCGAAGAAUCCCCACUUCCAGAACCGAGUGCGAUGAUGGAAGAGAGCAUGGUCCAGCAAGAACUCAUGGCGAAUGAGGCAUCCGCCAUUUUUGCAGAAGAGAGUUUUGUUGCACAGAUUGGAGAAGAAUCAAUGGCUGACGAGGAGGCUGUCGAGGAAUUGGUUGAUGAGGAAGAGUCGGAAAUUGUCACAGAACCUGUUAAACAGCCAGUCAAGAGGGGCAGAAAGCGCAAAAGCGACGCUGUAGAUAACCCAGAAGAGCAGCCAGAGGUUGCAGAGAAGUCACGGAAGCGCGGACCUGGGGCACAGGCGUCAGAAUCUCUCAAAGGCAAGAAGAAUGGGCCUGCGCCUACUGUCCAGCGACGGAGAUCUCAGCGUGUCUCUGAUAUUAGUGAACUAGAAGCCAGUGCUAGCGAACUGCCUGCCGACACUACCUUGGACGAAUCUGAGCAAAUCGACGAAGCACCAGUGGCACCGAAACGUCGAGGGCGCCCGCCACGCGCACAGCCUGCUGCAGAGAAAGAGAACACAGUGGCAUCAAAACCGGCAAAGAAUGCGGCUACGAAAGAGAAGAACGAAGGAGCCUUCAAAAAGCCUGGAAAACCUCCCGGAAGACCCAAAGCCAACGCCGAGCCCAAGAAUAAACCGCCAGCCGCCGAACCCAAGGCCAAACCAGCACCAAAGACGAAGGAGAGCUCAAAAGCGAAACCAAGAGAGAAGGCACCUUUAAUUGAUGAUGUCGCUGCUGGCAAACUUGUGGAUGUAUACGGAAACCCUCUGAGCAAACAAGACAUUGACCAGAUGUCAACUACGUCAGCCGGGUCAAGAUUUGGACGUGGGCGUCAUCUCUCCGUCUUCCGAGAGAUAGAUCCAGAAAACGUUGCUCGUGUUGGACGAACAGGCAGGCAUCGGGUCGCGCCAAUUGAUUUCUGGAAGAAUGACCACAUUUCUUACGACGUUGACGGAAGCAUGACAUCGAUUGUGAAGAGCGCGGCAGUAGAAGAGACACGGAGACAGAACAAGAAGUACGGACCCAAAGGCAAGAAGAAGAGGCUCACAAUGGUUGAAGAGGAGGAGAUUGAGCUGGAUCCUUGGGAGGAGAAAGAUGGCAGGCUCGUGGGUAACUACAAAGGCUACGAUCCAGCCAUUAACAGUGCCUCUGAUGAGAUUAUUGAAGACGAUAUUGCAUGGGCGGAGAAGGGCAUCCAACCGCGAGAAGUCGGCGACGGCGGAUUCAAAUUCGCAAAGAUUGGCUCGAGCGGCUCCUUCUUCAACUGGGGACUCAUUGAGCUGGGUCCUGACCAGAUGAAGCGCACAAAGAACUCACGAUUUAUGCACAUGGUCUUCAAUGUGCAAUCGGGCACCGUCGAGGUCCGUGUUCACGAGAACGAAUUCACGAUUCACAAACAUGGCAUCUGGCAAGUGCCUCGAGGGAAUACGUAUAGUAUUAGGAACAUUGGGUCUGGAACAGCCCGGGUUUUCUUUGCGCAGGCAAAGGAGAAGUUUGUGGAUAUUGAGGAGUAG